AUGGAAGUUAAUACGAUGACUAUUUUUGUCACUGUUGGAACAACAAAGUUUGAUAAAUUAAUAGAAACUGUUUUAGAAGAUGAAGUUUUAAUGGAAUUGAGUAGAAGAGGAUAUCGUAGAUUAAUUUUACAAAUUGGUAAUACAAAUUUAACUCCAGAUUGUACUCCCAGAUGUGGUUUUGAGUAUAUUGAGACGUUCACGUUGAAACCGUCAAUCAAUGAAUACAUGAGAUUCGCCGAUUUAAUAAUUAGCCAUGCUGGUGCUGGGAGCUGUUUAGAAGCGUUGGGAGCAAAGAAACCACUUAUCGUAGUCACUAAUGAUUUACUCAUGGACAACCAUCAAUCAGAACUUGCUGAGCAAUUGAGCCAAGACAAAUAUUUGUAUCAAUGUACUUGUACUACACUUUUGGAAGUCUGCAAAUCAAUGAAUUUAUUACGAUUGAAACGAUUUAAUGAUAAAGAGAAUGAGUUAUUAAUUAAUUGA